AUGAUUUUUCUAGAGAUGGCAAUAAACAAGCCCUCGAGGAAGGCUCUUCCUCUGAGGGAGACCGAGACAUUAAAUCAAGCUCGUCAAUUGGUUUAUCGUAACGAUACCUUAACCCCACCUGGAAUUUCACCAUUCGGUUACCAUACCACAGAUCCAACAAUAUACCGGUCGGUGUACUCAUCACCAAUGCUAUAUACUGGAAGCUCCUCAACAAACUUGGUUCCUCAACCACCGCCAAUGCCUCCAUAUCCAUAUUCUUCAAACCAAUACUCACCUCACAAUCACAUCAACGACUACUACUUAAGCCAAUCCUUUAGAGGCAACAGAAGCAUUUCACCAAACCCUAAUCUCCCCACCACGACCACAACCGUUAAUUACAUGGCCGAUGGUCCUGUGGACUCGAGCUACGCUUGCGUUGGUGCACCCCUUGGUCAGACCGGUUUCCCUAGCCGUGGCUCAGGGAGCUUCCGUGCGCCGCUCGAACCGCCACAAGGUCAUGAUGGUGACGCUUCACGGCAGCGUUUGGAUCACUCUCUUAAGUUACCAAUCAAUCGGUUUCAAGAUCAUCACUCGCUCUGA